UCCAGCACAGCGCAGUGACACAGUUCCAGUUGCAUCCUUCCGGCCUGACCAUGAGUGAGGAAUCCAUCAUCCGUAUCCCCCCGUACCACUACAUCCAUGUACUGGACCAGAACACCAACAUCGCCCGCGUGGAGACCGGGCCCAAGACCUACAUUCGCCAGGACAAUGAGAGGGUGCUGUUCCGGCCCGUCCCUAUGGUGAUGGUGGCACCCCGCCACUACUGCGUGAUUCGGAACCCGGUGCUGAGGGACGCCGCCCGCGCCGUGCAGUUCGAUGGCAUCGGACAGGCCAAACUGAGGCACGGAGACCAGGAGAUCCGACUGUCCCGGGAUCCCUUCCCCCUCUACCCGGGAGAGGAGUUAGAGCAGGGUGUCACGCCGCUGACCGUGGUCCUCGCCAACACUGCGCUCCACCUGAAAGCUCUGCUGGACUUUGAAGAAGAUGAGAACGAGAAGUUUGUGGCGGGUGACGAGUGGCUGUUCGAAGGCCCAGGUACCUACAUCCCCAGGAAGGAGGUAGAGGUGGUUCAGACCAUCCAAGCCACUGUCAUCCGUCACAACCAGGCCAUCCGCCUUCGUGCCCGCAAGGAGUGCCAGGACAGAGAGGACCAUCCCCGAGUCACCGGGGAGGAGUGGCUGGUGAAAAAGGUCGGCGCCUAUCUUCCCGGCGUGUAUGAAGAAGUCGUAGACAUUGUGGACGCUUUCGUCUUGACGGACAAGAGAGCACUGCACAUCCGUGCCACCAAGACAUUCCGCGAUGAGAAGGGUAACCUGCGCCGUACAGGAGAGGAGUGGCUGGUGACCAUGGACGACGCUGAAGCAUACAUACCCAACGUGUAUGAGGAGGUGGUGGGGGUGGUGGACAUCACCACCUUGAACAGCCGGCAAUACUGCGUCAUCCUGGAUCCGGUGGGAGCCGAUGGCAAGCCCCAACUCGGACAGAAGAGGGUCAUGAAGGGUGAGAAGUCCUUUUUCCUGCAGCCGGGUGAGAAUCUAGAAUCAGGAAUCCAAGAUGUCUACAUCCUGUCUGAGGAAGAAGGAUUGGUUCUUAGAGCCUUGCAGGUCCUGGAGGAGAAGGAUGAGGAUGAGAACGUUGUUGAGCACAAGCCCGGUGACCGUUGGAUGAUUCGAGGCCCACUGGAGUAUGUGCCACCGGUAGAGGUGGAGGUUGUGAUUAGGAGGGAGUCCAUACCUAUGGAUGAAAAUGAAGGCAUCUACGUACGGGACAUCAAGACUGGAAAGGUCCGUUCCGUGGUGGGACAGACGUACAUGCUGACCCAAGACGAGGAGCUGUGGGAGAAGGAACUGCCGGCCAACGUGGAGGCUCUGCUGGCCUCUGGAAAGGAUCCCGUGGCCGACAGGUCCAACAGAGUCCAACAAGCACAGGAAACGCAGCCCCGAGACAAGACCAGGGCUGUCACCUACCGCGUUCCACACAACGCCGCCGUCCAAGUGUACGACUACCGAGAGAAGAAGGCCAGGGUGGUGUUUGGCCCGGAGUUGGUGAUUCUCGGCCCCGAUGAGCAGUUCACAGUCCUCAGCCUCUCCGGAGGGACCCCCAAACGCUCCAACGUCAUCAAGGCCGUCUGCCUUCUCCUGGGACCGGACUUCUGCACCGACCUUAUCAAUAUAGAGACCGCCGACCACGCCAGGCUCCAGAUCCAGCUAUCCUACAACUGGCAUUUUGAAGUAAACGACAAGACGGACUCAGCCGACGCAUCUAAUAUUUUUAGCGUUCCGGAUUUUGUGGGUGACGCAUGUAAAGCCAUCGCCUCUCGUAUCAGAGGAGCCGUGGCCUCUGUGCAGUUUGAUGACUUCCACAAGAACUCCAACAGGAUCAUCUGCUCGGCUGUGUUUGGAUUCGAUGAUUCGGUGAAGAUUCGCAGCUCCUUCAAAUUCCCACAAAAUAAUCUGGUCAUCACCAGUGUGGACAUUCAGUCAGUGGAGCCGGUGGACCAGCGCACCAGAGACGCACUGCAGAAGAGCGUCCAGCUGGCUAUAGAGAUCACCACCAACUCCCAAGAGGCCACCGCCAGACAUGAAGCGGAACGUUUGGAGCAGGAGGCGAAAGGUCGUCUGGAGCGCCAGCGCAUUACAGACCAAGCUGAAGCCGAAAAAGCCCGCAAGGAGCUUCUAGAGUUGGAGGCCCUCAGCACGGCGGUGGAGAGCACGGGGGCGGCCAAGGCUGAGGCUCAGUCCAAGGCUGAGGCUGCGAAGAUCGAGGGGGAAGGCGCUGUGCUGCAGGCCAAACUGCGGGCUGAAGCUCUGGCCAUUGAAACGGAGGCGGAGCUUCAGCGUUUGCGCCAGGCUCGCUCCGAGGAGCUGACAUACCUCCAGGAGAAGAACAAGCUGGAGAUUCUGAAGGAGUCGGAGGUCGCUAAUAUCGCUGUGAAGAAGUUCACUGGAAUGAUGGAGGCCAUUGGAGCCGAUACCAUCAGGGACAUCGCGCUGGCGGGACCCGAGCUACAGGUGAAGCUCCUGAAGGGUCUGGGGAUCCAGUCCACCCUCAUCACAGACGGCUCCACUCCCCUCAACCUCUUUGGCACAGCGACGGGUCUGCUGGGUCUCUCCGCUAAGCCUCACUCGGGGAAAGACGAAGACGCCUGAACUUCCCGCGGCUCCCGGG